UUCACUUAUUAUUCCCAUAAAUUUUCAUUUUAAAUGUUUGACAUGAUCUCUGAUCACUUUACCGAGAUCCAAACAUGUCAUUGCUUGUCGCCAGUGUAGUUUAUUUUUGAAUUUCACUUUGUAUUUCGUCCGAUUUUGCGUUUUUGGUGACUGAUUAGCGAGAUUCAAAAGCUCAAGUCCCUUGAAGUUGAAUUUUGUGACGAAUUUGGUGUUUUAUGCUUGUUAAUUUGAUGAGUAGAUUGCUGAUGCUAUGAGGAAUUUUGGCUCAGCGAAGCAGCUUCUGGCGUCCGUUUCAUGCAUUCUCAGCUGAAAACCACAAAAUGGAGGUUGAUACAAGACAGAAUUUACAAGAUGAUCGAAUGACUGAUUGUCGGAGUUUUGGCAGUAAUCAUCACCCAUCCUGUCAAUCUAGAAAGAUUUCAAUUGGAAUUAUGAUAGACUCACAGGUGAAGAAAAGAUCUGAAGCUUCAAAGGAAGAUGCUAUUGCUACAUCAAUUUUGGAAACGAAAAAUUCUAAGAAAGAAAAUUCUCUUGGAGGUAAAAACAAGAGGAAAGGUGUUGUUGGUGCUAAUGAAAGCAAACAAACUGAAGCUCCAGAGAUAGUCACUUCCCCAUGGAUUACUUCUAGAUUCUUUCACCAAAAAACAUCAACUUCACAGACUCUUGCUUCUUCAAAAGAAACUUCCAAUUUACCAGCCACCAGUAAGAGGAGGAACAAGUUUAUCAGAGAACAGGAUGCACCAGUAACACAUUCAGUACAGCUUUUUGAGCACCAGAUGUCAGUUUUGCGUUCUGGUGAUAGCAUGCAAAAGAAGUUUGAUGGACUUACCUACAGAAGGAAGGGAGGUAGGGAUGGGAACUCGCAGAGGGCAGAGGAAUUUAGAUUUGUGACUGCACAGGAAGUAGCUGUGAAUAAAGCAGUGACAGACGAUAACAAAGAACAUAGAACUGAAACUUUGAGAAUGAAACUAUGUGAGAUAUUGGGAACUGUUUCUUCACCUAGAAGUCAGCCCUCUAAUUCUCAGGCUCGUGAGGCAGGCGCAAAUAAUGUAAAGCAGGAGAAAAUACAUCCUCAAAAUUGUGAUGCAGUUGUCAAGCCUGUACAGAAUUCAGACACCAUAGAAACUGAUUCUGAAAAUCCUGAUCAUCCUGUGAGGAGACCAAUAACCUGUUCUCUGACCAGAAAAAGAGUUUCAACCAAAGUGCAACCAGUAAAGACUAAAAUUGGCCCAUCAUCCAGUUACAGAAACAAACUUAAGGAGAAGAAUAUCUUCACCUUUGAAGAAGGAUUGUUUGGAAAAGGAGAUGUUGCUGUUAGUGGUGGCUCCAUAAUAUCCACAAGAAAUAAGGGUAGGAGAAAGAGUUCUGGCAUUGAGCCCCGCAGGAUUAACUUCACUGAGAACAAAAAUAAAGAUGAGAUUCAGGCAGCCACUCAUUGGAGUAAAAUUCUACCAGAUGCUGAGACUGAGAAAGCAUCACCACUUGGUGAUAAAAUGGAAAACUUUCGUGGCUGUUUGCCUCAAAGUAAAGGACAGUGCCUUGAGCAGCAGAAUAUAGACCAAGAAAGAGAUUCCCAUCAAUCUCCAAGUAGAGAGUCCCAUCAGUCUUUAGGGACAAACAGGGUGGAUCUGCAAGGAGAUUUUAGCAUUCCAGCAGUACAAGAAAAUGAGGUUCAAAAGGAAGAUUUUGUUAGUCCUUCCUUAAAGAAUAUCAUGGAACCACAGUUUGAAUUCCGAAGUCCGACAUUCAAAAUAAAUACUCCUAUCUUAAGUUCUUCCCCUAGCUCAACGCCAAAAACUGACCAAUUAGAGCGGACUAUUUAUAGUCCUGCACCAGCAGAGGGAAGAUAUACUCUGGGAAACAUUCGCAGCUUCAGGACUUUGCGGACUUCAAAGGCAGAUUGUCAUUCUCCAUAUACUAAAAAAGAAUCAUCUGAUGAUGCAGUGGAACUUAAAGAUUCUCCGUGCUACAAGUCAUCACCUCUCACGGGAAGAAAAGAAGUAGAAGACGGUCUUUCCGAAUCAUCAUCUGAAGAUGGGGAUUCUAAAAGCUUUGAAGAAGAUCAUACAGAAAGAGAUGCCUUAUCUCCAGAAACUGCAACAGCUGAGAGAUCCACUUUCACGCUUUAUCCAAGUAAAAGGCUUCGCAAUCAUGAAGGCAAUGGUGUUCCCCAAUUUGUCUCCACCUCACCCUCUCCGAAAGGUACUGGUGAAAGUGACUGGAGCCCAGAGCCUUCAGAACAAUGCCAAAAGAAUGAAUUGGAAAGGGUCGUCAAACUGUUUGUCUUGGCUUUAGAAAACUUCAAAAACAAAAUGAAGUCAGUAACUAGAAAGAAAUCCUCUGAAAUUUUGAUGUCUGUUUCUGAGGAUAUACAUCUACAACUGCAGAAUAUUGAGUCACAAAUCCAAACAGAUGUUGGGAAGCUGACAAGCAUUAGUAAAUCAAAAAGAAAACGCUUGGAGACAAGAUUACAAGAGCAACAAGAAAAACUGAAGUUGAUACAUGAUAAAUUCAAAGAAGAUAUCCACCAACAUCUCCACGACUGUAAAAGAACAGUUGAAGAGCUAGAAAUGCACCAUAAUGAGUUGAAGGGAACUGUGAAAAAGCAAAAAGCAAUGCACCAGAAGCUUUUCAUGAAGGUGGAAGAAGCAGCUGAAACACAGCUUAGUGAUGCACACAGAAGAAUCACAGCCGUGCACAAGUCGGCAAGGGAAAAGAUGCUUCAAUUGCGACAUGUAAUAGCUGAGUGUUUGAAUGAGGACAAUCUGGGCUGAAACGAUUCAACUACUGGUUAGUGUGACGGGACUUGGUCCAGAUUUAGAUGGAAGCCUGUAAAGUGUGAUGUCCUUAUUCACUACGUUUCGUUAUGCAGACCUUUUCAAUGUGAAUCCAAACAAUAUUUACUUUUGAUGAGUAAAAACCAUGUAAGAGUUGCAGAAGUCCGCUUCCGAAAUAUUCACUUGGGAGGAAAAAAAAGGGUAGCGCAUGGUAAAUCGUGGGCAACUGGGGCCUUGGCACUAAUAGAUGGGAACAUGUAUAUCUCUUAUCUGUAUGUAAUUUCAGAUUAGUUAAAUUGUGAAA